GUGUUUAGUACAAGAAUAACACAACAAUAAAAGAAUUUCUAACCGAAUCGUAUCGUACCAUAAUAACAUACACAACAACAAAAACAUCACAGAGAGCAAAAACAAAAUGUCUACGACACCAAAAUCGACAGAAGAUUUGCUGGGUGAAUCUUGGAUCGAAUUGAGCAACACAGCAGCCAUGGCAGGCAUCAAGAGCCCCGACAGAAUUACUCCGCUGCCCUUCAGCAACGGCGAGGAGUAUUUGCGUUUGUUGCGUGAAGCGCAACGCGAAUCAAAUCAGUCCAGUCGCGUUGUCUCCCUGGCCAGCUCUCGUCGUGAUACGCCCCGUGACAGUCCCAAGAGUCCACCAAACAGUCCACAAUCGGAGCAGUGCCCGGAUGAUGAGUUGCGGAACGUGUACAUCAAUUAUUGGACUAAGGGCGGAGAUAAACACAACACCGAUAAUGGCGAUUGGUUGCAGAACUGGAAUCGCGGCAUUGAGGAGCAGCCACCGAAAGAUUGGAAAUUCGAGCGUUCUAGCGAUAGUGAUGAGGAUGAGAAGAAGAAAACAACGGGUUAUUCCAUACGUUUAAAGCGCCUGGGCGCCAAUUCGUUGUUCUCCCGCGAAAUUCUCUACUCGCUGCUGGUCACCAAUGUGCUCUCGCUGCUGCUGGGCGCCGGCUUUGGUUUAUGGCUGAGCAAGCGCGGCAUUCUGCUUACCCGCGUGGUCAUUGACUGAAAGACGCCAUAAAGAUUUCAAAACGUUUUCAACACACACACACAAUAUGCACAUGAAUCCAUCAUAAAUAAGCAAAAAAACACACAGAACAUUCAACGUUCCAUAUAUAGAUACAAAUCCGAAGAUAUAUACAAGAGAAGAGAAAGGAGAAGAGGCGCAUUGUCAAUAACCAGCCAAACGUAUUCCAGCUCAUCCCAUAAUCAUUUUUCGCCAAUUCAUUAGCACAUCAUAACAAUAACAAUAAUAAUAUGUAGUUCGUACUAUAUACAUAAGCAGAAAGCUAAUGCCUAGGGCAAAGGGUUCAAUGGAUUUUCUAUAUAUCUAUUUUAUACAA